UUGGAAUGUUUGGUGUCGAAUUUUAUCAUGUUUCACGGUUUUCAUGCUUGCAAAAUGUCACGAUGCUCUGGAUAAAAGAGUGUUUUUGCCAGAAGGGCAGUCCGUUGCAUUCGGCGAGGCUAAGCCAACUCGGUUUUUGCUGUACGAUGUCAACCCUGGAGAAGGGUUCAACUUGCGCAGGGAUGUGUACAUGAGGAUAGCUAACCUGGUGAAGUUCCUGAAUGAGGAGCAAUCCUGGACUUUAGUCCUUCCUCCUUGGGGAAAUCUCUACCACUGGCAAACCCCAGGGCUUAAGCAGACUAUGUUACCCUGGAGCACAUUCUUUGACAUUUCAGCUCUUAACCGUCAUAUUCCUGUCAUAGAAUUUAUGGAUUAUUUAAAAGUUAUAGGAGAGCCCAAAAUAGAGCAGUUAUACUACCUCCAGCCAUAUGAGGAGGGGUGGAAAGAUGGAAAAUGGGAAGAAAGAAUGGACUUCAGACCUUGCAUUGGCAAUCCCCCGUAUUAUCAGGAUGAGGUGGAUUCCAUGUGGUAUGGUUGGUUCUUUGGCUAUGAGGAUGUUUACGCUGAGGCAUUUCAGUGUGUAUCUAUUCAGGCUCAUGCAGGUUACCUGAAAUCUUUCUUACUUCACAACACGACGGCCAGGUCCGUUUUCCUCGAUCAUGGUGAAGAAGUAAUUCACGGUCCAUAUUCAGAGUUCAGCCCAGUGUUCUGGACUGCCAGAAGAAGCAUGGUAUUUGCCAAACAUUUGAAGAAUUUAGGAGAUGAAUUCAGGGAGAAGUACCUAGACUCUAUAGAUGAGAAGGAUAAAACUGUCAUGGAGGACGACUGGACGUCUGUGAGGAAACAACAUGGUGACGCUGUGGGAGGCCCAUACAUCGGUGUUCACCUGAGGAGGAAGGAUUACCUGAGAGCUCACCCUGACCAUGUACCCUCCCUCAAGAACGCCGCGAAACAGAUCAAGAAUAAACUCAAGGAAUUCAAACUCAAUACUGUAUAUAUUGGUACAGAUGCACCUAAAAAAGAAUAUGAAGAACUCAAGGGAUAUUUGUCCAAGUACAAAGUGUAUAGAUUUGAACCUACAGAAGAGCAGUUAGAAAAAUACAAAGAUGGGGGCGUGGCUAUUAUAGACCAGUGGAUUAAUGCCCAUUCCAGGUAUUUCCUGGGGUCAUAUGUGUCAACGGUUAGUUUACGCACGCAAGAGGAACGUGAAAUCUUGGGUUUUAAAACAGAAAUGACAUUUAACUGCCUGUGUGGGGAUGCUGAACCUAACUGUACUCAGCCAGCAAUGUGGCCCAUUUUGUACGAGUAGAGAUCAAAGCACCCUAACUGUUAAGGCUUUGUGCUCAGCGUGCAUUGUGGCCCAUUUUGUAUGAGUGCAUUGUGGCCCAUUUUGUGCGAGUAGAGAUCAAAGCACCCUAACUGUUAAAUUUUUGUGCUCAGCCUGCAUUGUGGCCCAUUUUGUACGAGUGCAUUGUGGCCCAUUUUGUACAAGUAGAGAUCAUAGCACCCUAACUGUUACAGCUUUGUGCUCAGCCUGCAUUGUGGCCCAUUUUGUACGAGUGCAUUGUGGCCCAUUUUGUACAAGUAGAGAUCAUAGCACCCUAACUGUUACAGCUUUGUGCUCAGCCUGCAUUGUGGCCCAUUUUGUACGAGUAUAGAUCAGAGCACCUUGACUGUUACAAUUUUUUUUUAAACUGUUCAAUUUUUCACUCCUGUGGAAAUUACCAAUAUAAUGUUGAAGAUGACUUAGGUUUUAUGAAUACUGUUACGGUAUCGUUACUGCGUUAGAAUGCUUGGUCACGUUUUUUUGUAAGAUUGUGUCUUGUUAAUUUCUUAAUAUCAUAAUUGUUGUGGUGGGUUUACAUAAUUGUUGUAUAAAAUACUGAAGAGUAGUCAGCGUAAUCCUCAUACUGGUUGAUUUGUAGGGAACGAAAUCUUGACAGACUCCGCAGGGCUUAUGUGUGUUUAGAAACUGUUAAGUUUUGUUUUUUGUUCUGUAGAAUUUUCAAAGUGUUACCCAUGUGGAAAUUACCUGUAUAAAGUCGCAGAUGACAUGAGCUGUUCACCGUCUGUUGCUGUUACCAUUACCAUAUCUGUAAUGUGUUAUGGUAUUUGUUCACACGUUGUCUUUUUAAGAGUAGUUUCGAAGUUUACGUUAUUGCUGUGAGAAUAAUCUGGGCAGUCUCCGUACAGCUGCAUUUGUAGUCUAUUCAGGUUGUUUUGUGAUUUGAGAAAUGGUCAGUGUGUGUUAUGACACAUUUAUGUAAAUGUGUCAUUCAUGCUUUUUGUAUCAAAAAUUAUUAAGCCAGUAUUUAUAACAUCACAGACGUAUGUAAUUUUCACAUAUGAACCGUUCUGUUGCAAAAUAUACAUGUCAGUUGUCCAAUUGUCCGUUUAUGUUGGAAUGCUUAUGUAUUUUCUUUAAUGUCGUAGUCACCAUUGCUUUUACAAAAGACUAGGAACAUUGAGCACGUUGGACAUAAUGCAUGUGGGGACCAACCGUACCUUGCUUUAUGUUAUGACAAGGUGCCUUUUCAUUGGAUCAGAGAGACCCAUUCACAAUGUGUGAAAACAGUAGUUUUUUUAGGGACUUUUGCUUGUUGGCUCAGUAUAUAUCAGUAUGACGAUGUAUCGAACCGAAAGAUAGAGGUGGUGAAUAUUUAUGGUCAUUUUAAUACAAAAGAUGUAAGCGUAACUGUCCUGUAUAGUUAUCCAGUUCUUUGUGUACGCCUCGCUGUGUGUGUGUGUGUGGUUAAAUUGUUUGGGUGACUAGUGUGAAAUGUAACUGGUGAUGUGGUGUUUGACUAGUCACUUCUGUCUAAGUAUCUGACGUGUUUGGGAACGGUAUUCUCUUAUAUGUGUAUGUUUAUUUGUUUUUGUUGGAAAUACAUGUUUUCAAAAACUAUCUAUUGAAUCUGAAUCAUUAUGGUCAAAAAGUGAAGAUUGUUCAGUACACAUGGGCAUUUACCCCAAACUGGUUGAUUUCACCCUUUUUUGUUUAAAAUUACAUCCCCCCCCCCCAAAAAAAAUACAAAAAACAAAAGCAUCUAAUUUUGUCAGAACAGAUCAUUGCUAAUGUAGCUUCAGAUAGGGUGAGACUAUGUUUUCAGACUUUGUUUAGAAUUUUCACACUGUUUUUCUGGCCAUCUGUGCCCCUGCCUGAGCCAUGCAAUAAAAUGGGAUUCUGAAUUGAACGGGUAUAGUUUUAGAUUUUCAGUUGCUUAUUAGAAUGGAUUACCCUACUCUCACUCAUGUCUGGCAGUAAUUAUAAGUGGUCGACAGAGGUCGGGUAGCCGUGUGCACUUUCUGUAACGAUCAACCACUUAAAUGCCACUUAAACGCUAUGCAAAAUUAACUGUACGUUGCUUUUGGUAAAGUUGGAUUUUGUCUGUAACUUGCCAAAUGUCGGUGGUUUUCCAUGGGCAACACGGUUUUCCUCCACCUGUAAAACUGUCCUCCAUUGUAUACGUGAAAAAUUCUUUAAGUAUGGGAUUACUCAAUGAAGUAAAUAGAUAAAUAAAAAAAUAAAUACAACCAACGGGUUGUGUACCCUGUAUAUGUGUGGAAAACGCACAUGUGUAACAGUUUUAUAACUGAUAAUUUUCUAAUGCCCUUUAAGCACAGGUUUAUGUGGCGGUACAGGCGACCGUGUAGUCUGCCCUCCUGCCACCAAAACAAGGGAACCUCCCGUUGGUCCGUUGCUUUGGGGAAAGUUCGUUAUUAUCCUAUGUAAUUUGACUGUACAUGUGCAUGUUGUUAAGUUCA